UUUAAGUGAAAGGCACGAAUGAGAUCGAGGCAGUAUCAAAAUAGACGGCGAACUCGAGAGAUAUAUUGUCAAACGAGAAACAAGUUCUUGUGUUUCAUAUUUCUACCAAUCUCUCGCCGGAAAUUUAACAUUAAUAUACAUUUACGAUGACUACGAGGAAGAUGGUCCAUUUCAAGCCCAUCCCCCUCGAUCACAUAAUUGACUUUUUUAGUGGUUAUUUUAUGAUGGUGAUGGGUAUCAUGGUUUAUAUGUCUUACCCGGAUAUUAUCGAAGACACGUUUUUGAAUAUACUCAAGACCGACUUCACAAGUUGGUUUGACCUCGGUAAUUUUGCCGAGAAAGUUUUUGAACCAUGGAUGGGCUUUGUACAGAGGCCGGAAUGCGAAGGAGGUCUCAACGGUUAUUCUUAUGAGUUUAUAGACGGGAAGUGGAUGCUAACGGCAAAAGAAUGAAAAAAAAAAAAAAUUAUAAAAUUUUAAAAACUAAAAGCAAUUGUACAGUGACAGUUAUAUGAAAAGUGUAUCUUCUUUACUUCGACGAUCAGCAAUAGUCUUGAUUAAAUUUAAAUCAUCAGCACAUAAAUAAAAUAUGAAAUUGAAAAGGUAAAAAAA